GUGGGCGGUUGUGCUGUCGGAUGAAUUUUUUUGGUUUAUUUUCGUAAAAUAGUGAAUAUUCAAAUAUUUUCUACUUCUAAAACUAGUCGCGGAUUUGUCGGUAUUGAAGGAUUUGAAGGUACUGUCGCGGAUUUGUCAACGCGAGUUGCUCUGGCUAAAAAAUAUAUCGUUAUUUUUUUCAUUUGGUAUUGUUUUUGUCCAACAGUCAUUGUUAUUACGCUUAUUUGAUUAAGAAACGAAAUUUAGGCCGUAAAAUUAAAUAUUACCGUUGAAGUAUUAAGUAACGCCAAAACUAAAACAACACAAAAGCCGACAAAAAUUAAAGCCAAGCCAAGAAGAAAACACCCGGGACUAUUUGCGAAUUCUCCAGAAUUGCCACGAGCUGUAAACUGUAAAAGGAUUGAGAAUCAGAAGAGGAACUUUUAAGACAAAGUUCUUAAACAUUUCCGUACAGUGGGAAGAGAGUGGACCAACCAAGUGGAUCGUCUGCUCAUUUGUUUACAGAGGCAACAAUGCCAUACGGACUCGCCGCAUACCACAAUGCACUACCAUAAUCUCUUUCUCUCCAUAAGACAGAAAGAAAACAAUAUUUUGAGAGUACCAAUCGUUUGGGUUGUGCAAUCGCAGAAUAAAUUCAAAUAAAUAGAAACGAGAAGCACUAAAUCUUGGCAUAAAAAUAACUAAAAAUCGAAGAAAGAACGCGGAAGGGUGCUUAGGUGUCGAGAGCAUUGGUCAGGGCAAGAGCCAUAUACAGAUACACAUACAAGCCAUAAACUACAUAUUGAUACCGCCAUCCAACAGCCUCCAAGCACGAGUGGGGCAACCAGGAAUAGAUAUAUACAUAGCAUAGGUCGUGGACAAGUCGUUCAAAGGCAAUCGCCGCAUCGAGGUGUAUACACUUGGCACCAUGGAAGGCGGCUACGUUAACGAAGAGGAUUCAGACGCCAUUAUGGGCGUGGAAAGUCCAGCCAUCACAUCCUAUACAGAUCCUAAACAGCCAAAUGCAUUAAGGGCAUCCGCCAUAUAUGCGCCAACGACAACAACAACAGCAACAAAUGCGUCUGGCAACAACAAAUCAUUGACAAAUCCUCCAAUCGCUACAUUUGCCCUAACAACAACAACAACAACAGCAUCAUCAUUAUCGUCCACAUCACAGCCACCAAGCCCAUCAGCCAUUGGAUCUCCUCCGCCUUCUACGGGGGGUCCUCUUAAUGGAUUUGUCACCAAAUUGCGUAAUUUUAAAUUCAACGAUACGAAAAAUAUAAGAAAACGUUUACAUUUCGAUUAUAUAUCAAAGGAUAGAUUUUUGGGCGGUCAGUUAAAAACUAAAAAUGGACAAAAAUAUGUCUUCAAUGGUCCACCAUCGGGCGUUUAUGUAUCCAAACCUUGUUUGGUUGUUACCGCUUUCAUAAUGGUUGUGAUUCUGAUAUUCUCGAUUCUUAUCACCUAUUUCGUAACAUCACAUGGCUUGGGCAAGCCGGAAGCCAACCCCAGCUACAUAACCGCCCAAGCUCAAUCGAAGGAGCAUCCUGAGGGAAAUUCAACUUCAGUGGCCACAGCCCAAUUUCAUGUACCAGAUUGGCUAAAAGAUAAUUUCCAUACUUCAACGUCAUCGCCAAAUCGCAUUAAGGAUGAAGAAAACGUUGUUGUGCCACCUGUUGUUAAGGAGGAGGAAAAAACAAUAGUCCCACCAGUCGGUGAUAUACCCGUAGUCAAGUCAGAGGGCGUCAACGAUGAUGGCGAUGAUAUAACAAAACCAACAGAUCGCCUCCUUCAACUCCAUGAGGGUUGGCGUCCAAUUCAUUACAGCAUUGUCAUUGAGCCAAAUGUUGAGACAUCGACUAACAACGGAAGCCUGGUCAUUGAGAUCGAAAGGGAUGCUAAAAUCACCAGCUGGGAGCCCAUUGUGCUGGAUGUGUAUAAUGUAAGCAUUUCCAAUGUUCGAGUGAUUCGUUCACUGGAGGGAAAUGAGACGGAUGAAGUGGAAUUGGAUUUCGAUAGUGAUUAUGGGGAGAACAAUGACUCAUUUGUGGUCAAACUAAAUCCGUCCUUGGCCAGUGAAACCCAACUGAAGAUUGCACUGAGCUUGGACUUUGUCAGCCAAGUCACGGACACACUUCAGGGAGUCUACAAGACAAGUUACAUCAAUCCGGAUACCAAAAAGACAGAAUGGAUGAUUAGUACACAAUUCUCGCCAAUUGAUGCACGACGCGCUUUUCCCUGCUUCGAUCGGCCCGACAUGAAAGCCAAUUUCACUAUAAGCAUUGUACGAAACUCCAACAUGAGCAUGGCUCUUUCCAAUAUGCCCAAAUAUCAUAGUGACACACAUCGAUUGGGCUAUAUACGUGAUGAGUUCAUGACUACACCCAAGAUGCCCACAUAUUUGGUGGCCUUCAUUGUUUCCAAUAUGGUUGACUCACAAUAUGCCAAUUCGGAUGGUCAACUAUUUCCACGAGUUGAGAUUUGGACACGGCCCAAUUUCGUGGAUAUGACCAACUAUGCCUAUAAGAUGGUUCGUAAAUUCUUGCCCUACUACGAGGAGUACUUUGGCAUUAAGAACAAAUUACCAAAAAUUGAUUUGGUAUCUGUGCCUGAUUUUGGUUUUGGAGCCAUGGAAAAUUGGGGAUUAAUUACGUUUCGUGAUUCGGCAUUGUUGGUCCCAGAGGAUCAGGAACUGGCGUCUUCUUCUGAACAUAUGCAGUAUGUGGCACAAAUAAUCGCACACGAGUUGGCACAUUUUUGGUUUGGAAAUUGUGUGACACCUAAAUCUUGGGAUGACCUAUGGCUAAAGGAGGGAUUCGCUUGCUAUAUGAGCUAUAAGGCAUUGAACCAGGCCCAUCCAGAAUUUCAAAUUAUGGAUACCUUUACAGUUCUAGAGUUCAAGGAGUCUAUGCAACAUGAUGCGGACAACACUUCCCAUGCGAUCUCCUUUGAUGUUAGGUCAACCAGCGAUGUGAGGCGAAUCUUUGAUCCUAUUAGCUAUUCCAAGGGUACAAUUCUGUUGCGAAUGCUUAACUCCAUUGUGGGUGACGAGGCGUUCCGUUCUGCCACCCAGGAUUUGUUAAAAACGUUUGCCUACGCAAAUAUCGAUCGCAAUGAUCUUUGGGUCUUUCUCACCCGCCAUGGCCAUGAGAUGGGAACUUUACCCAAGGAACUAAAUGUGAAGAACAUUAUGGACUCUUGGAUAACUCAGCCAGGAUAUCCGGUUGUCAAUGUAGAACGACGUGGUGCUAAUUUAGUGCUUCGCCAAGAGCGCUAUCUUCUGCCAGCACGUAAUCCAUUGGAUAAACAACGAUGGUUCAUACCAAUCACAUUCGAAACUGAUGAUUUGCACAAGGGUGAUAAUAUACCAACACACUGGUUGACCAAAGAUCAGGAGGAGCUUGUCAUUCCCGAUGUAUUUACCAAAGAAACGAAUAACAACAAUACUGUUCUUUAUUUGAAUCUGAAUCGUCAAGGAUACUAUCGUGUCAACUACGAUUCGGUCUCAUGGCUAGCAUUGAAAAAGAACUUUACCUUAUUGCCAAGGAUAACACGAGCUCAGCUACUGGAUGAUGCACUUCACUUGUCGCAGGCGGAGUAUUUGCCCUAUGAUAUACCUUUAACCUUCCUCCUGGAGUUGUAUACAUCCGUUGAUGAUGAACUACUUUGGAGUGCGGCCAAGCCAGGACUUAACUAUCUCAUUUACAAUCUGAAACGCGAACCAGCUUAUGAGACUUUCAGGGCUUUUAUGAAGUUUAUAGUUCGGCCCGCCUUUGAUCACUACGGCUUGAAUGAACCCGAUAACGAGUCUCAUCUGCAGUUGAAACAUCGCGCUUUGGUGGCAAACUUUGCCUGUAAAUUUAACUACGAUCGCUGUACGCAGGUGGCACAAAUGAGAUUCCGAGAAUGGAUGCGGGAUGCCAAGAAAAAUCCCAUCAAACCCAACCUGAAGUCGGUGAUUUAUUGUACUGCUUUGUCAGAGGGUUCAUAUCCGGAAUGGUAUUUUGCCUACAAACAAUAUAAGCGUACCACCAGUGCAUCAGAAAAGGAAGAGAUCCUAACGUCAUUGGGUUGUACGUCUAAGCCAUGGCUUUUGUCCAAAUACCUCAAUAUGACCAUCAAUUCGACCUCUGGCAUUCUGAAGCAGGAUGGCGCCUUGGCCUUCCGAGCUGUGGCCACUAAUGCCAUUGGCUAUGAGAUUGCUUUUGAUUUCCUACAAACUAAUAUCAAAGAGAUUGCCGAUUAUUAUGGCGAUGGUUUUUCCACCUUAACCGAAAUGAUCAAAUCGCUGACCAUUUACAUGAACAAAGAUUAUCACAAGCAGCAAUUACAACUUCUAGCCGCCAAUUGCCACAAAUUGGGUCUCAAGGCUGUUGAAUCAGCAAUCAAUCUGGCUAUGGAACAGGUCAACGAUAACAUAUAUUGGCGAACACACUCGUACGAUAAGCUUAAAUCUUUUCUUGAAAGUAUUGUCAGCGAGUUCCAGAUUAAUAUAUUCUAGACUUCAAAUUUAACUCUACCAAAUAUUCGAGUUUUGUUGAUUUCUAAUCAUUUGAACAGCCUCAAAUUUAUUUUUUAAAACCAAAACUCUCUGAUCCAACAACAAAAACGAAUUAUUUGCGAAAAGUGAUAUAAAUAUGUAAGUUAGCCAACUUAAUUUAGGGUAACAUACUUAAUUCAUACAUUUACUUUUUGCAAUUGUAUAUUAUUUUUUUGUUUGUUUUAUUUUUAUAUCUACGGCCGGGCUCCGUUUGCUUACAUUUGCGGUAUUGUAAUUUAUUUCGCGUUUACUAUAGUUCUUACGUUCCUAUAAUAAAUAUAUAUAUUAUGUAUAAAAUAGUUUCGCCAUUUCAUCUUUUAUUCACAUUAUUAAUAUCCAUCACUUCAUUCCUAUAAAAUGCUGCUUAAGUAAAAUCUAUCUGAAUAAUAAUUUAAAUCAUUACUUACAUACAGUCUACAUAUUAGAACAUAAGCCCGUUCCUAGCACUAAGUGAACCAAAAAUUUAUAUAUACAUACAUAUAUAUUAUAUCUCGUAGUUAUAGAACCGCACUAUUGAGGUCUCCUAGAAGCACAUACUCUACAUAUAUGAUGAUUAUGUGAAACACAAUCGUGUGAAAUGCGAAAGGAAUGGCCAAAUGAUGUUGUUACAGAUCAGUGUCCUUAAAUGCAUGGUUUAAAUGUUGCUAAAGCAAACAAAUACACACAAAACACAAAUAUACAAUACAUGAAAAUAUAUAUUUAUGAGUGUACAAGUAGCUCUUAUUAAACAUAUGAAAAUAUACGUAUAUUUUAUAACACUGUCAUAGCAAAUCGCUUAUUGCACUAUUGUAACCAUGUAUAUAUAAGUUUUAAAGCCUAUACAUAAAAUUGAAAAACGAAUAAACUAUGUAACAUUAUUUUAA